AUGUUGAUCAGAGCAAGAGGAAAGGACGGCACAUUCCGUUUGGAUUUACAGGCAAAUCAAACUGUUUUGGAUUUAAAGAAAUUACUUGAGGCUGAAACAAGCGUGCCUCAUGGGAACAUCUCAGUAAACAAAUUCCGUGAAAAGAGUCCUCUCAAGGAUUCCGCUACUAUUCAAUCUUGUCUUCAACACGGAGAUAUGGUUGAAUUUUCUUAUGAUACCACUCAAUUUAAAUCAAAACAAGAAAAAGAAGAGGAAAGAAAGGCUCAACUCAGAGAAAGUGAUGACCUAAAUAAUUUAGGUUUAAGAGAAAGAAAGAAACAUUGGACCUUGAAUGAAUAUUUGGAUUUAGUCAAUCAGGUCAAAGUAACAAUCAAACACCAAAAAUAUGCAAUUUCUUCGACUGCUUAUUUGGACGAAUAUGCCGGUCAAUCAUUUCAACACUUUCUCGCUGGAACUAAAUUCCAAUUUCAACGAUUUGGAUUCUUGUAUGGCGUAACAACUCCUGGAAAGAAACCACAACCAAGUGAGGAAGAAAAGAAAAAGGCAAGCAAGGAUGAGAAUUUCAAUUUGGAUGACGACUAUCAGGAUGUCUAUAUCCAUGUUAUAUAUGAACCAAAACAAGAGAGCACACCAACAGGCUUCACUCAAUUAGAGGAUCCAAUUUACAAUGAUAGAGCUGAUACAUUGGCUGCCAUGUUGGGAAUGAAGAAGGUUGGUUGGAUUUUCUCUCAUGACGGUCAGAGAGAAUAUCCAUUGUUAGGCCCUGAAAUAUUAAAAGCGGCCGAAUUCCAGUCAAAGUAUGGACCAUCAUUUGUGACAAUUACUGCAUGUCCGGAUGAGGAGGGGAAAAUUGUAUUCGAGGCCUAUCAAGUCAGCAAACAGUGUGUAGAAUUAUGGGAAAAAGGUUUACUUGAACCUCACCCAACCAAUCCAGAGUUUAUAAUAACCAAAAAACAAGUAGAGGUCGAGAGAAAGAUGACCAAUGAAAUUGACGCCUUAUUGCUGGUGAGUAAUGUUGCCAUUGCUUCGCACCAAGGAAACUUUCUCGUUGGCUUUCCACCAAGAAACAGACCUGGAAAUGAAGCUCUGCAGUCCAUGGAUGAGCUGAAACAAGUCCUUUUGGAAAGAAAGAAACAGAAAUUCGUGGAUCGUGUGUCGGAUUUUGAUUUACUGUUAUUCUUGACCGACUAUCUUAGCUUAACGUCUGACUUCCCUGAUUUAUGUGAAGCUAUAUGCUCGAAAAACAAUGCAAGAGCAUCAGGUUUUGAGGCUCUCAUCAACGCUUAUUGUGGCAUUAAUUAA